ACUUCCAUUUAUGUCUCCAACCAACUCUCUCUCUCUCUCUCUCUCUCUCUCUACACUCUUCAUUUCUACCCCAAAAUACUCGAAAGAGAAAAUUAAGCCAAAACAACAAAAUGGAAGGUGUGUCGGCGACCAUGUCCAAAGGCCUGAGAGGGUACUGGAAGAGGAAGAACUACGAGCGGCUCAGUAAGUCGGGCCGGCGGCGGAAGAACAACAACCAGGUGGAGCUAGGGCGGUCCGGCCGCCGCAGACGGCGGUUCUGGCGGAUCAAAAUCUCUCCGAAGCUCCGAUUCUUCUCUCCGAAGAAAUUUCUGAUCGGGCUUCGGGACGCGUACGUGAACUUCAUGAUUCGGAUCGCCAACAAGGGAGUGAUGAGCAGUGGGUUCGGAGGAGUGGUUGAUAAUUCGAUUGCUGGGUUCGGGAGGGGCCCAGUGAAGGAGUAUGAUGAGAAGAUGAUCAUCGAGAUCUACAAGUCGUUGGUGAUGGCGCAGGCUCAAUUCGUGCCCCGCGAUGCAGGGAUACUCGGUUCCCAGAUUGUUUGUCAACCAUGAAAGUUGAGUGAUUAAUUAAUAGUAAUAAUAAUAAACACUCAAAAAAAUUGGAAAAAAAGAAAAUUAGUGAAAUGAAAUUCAAUAAAUUGUGAUAUGUUUUCAUUUUCAUUUUAUUUUUAUUUUAUUUCUGUGGUUAGAGCUGUUCUUGUUGGUGUAAUUGUAACAGUUUACUAACUAUUUUCUAAUGAAUUGUCAAUAAAUUCUACUUCGUUACUA